CUCGCCUCGGAGCGGCGCCUGUGAUUUCUGCGCAUGCGUGUUUUGAUCUGCAGCGACUUCCUGCCAAAUAGUUGUCCCUAACAACACAAGGCGCUCUACCGAGGGAAUUUUUGCCUAAGGAAACAUUAAGUUUCCUCGACGGUAGCACUUGGUGACAUGGGCUUUGGCCGAAGCAGCAGUGCCAGCAACUGCAGAGACUGAGAGAGCAGAUUUACCUGGACAAACCAUACAGAAUUAACUAUGGACGAAUCGCAAGAGGUGCCCGAGCUACCCACAAAGAAAGCACGGCAUGAUCCAGAAGUCAGUCAGGAGAGUGAUUCAAGAGGCGUGGUUGCUAAUGACUCCCCUAACCGGAGCGAAUCAGCAGAGGUCAAUUCAUAUCCACCAUCAUCUGUCACUCAUUUACACACAAUGCCUGGCGGUGCGGACCAGUCAGAAGAGACGAUAUCAAGAGCCACAGAAAAUGUAUAUACUCACAAUGCAGUGACCUGCAAAGACCUCACCACAACCACAGCCACCGAUUAUACCUCACAGAUCUACCAAGGAAGCAACACCGCUGUCACCGCAUAUGCCGGUCAAGUGGCUUUCCCCUCCCUGGGCCAGUCAUCCAUGUACAGCGCCUUUCCUCAGUCCGGCCAGACGUACGGACUGCCACCAUUUGGCACCAUGUGGCCGGGCUUAAAGACAGAGUCGCGGCUGCCCGAGGCGCCCUCUGUUGGCCAGACGGGGUUUCUCAGCUUCAGCUCAGGCUAUACCUCAGCCCAACCCAACCAGAUCCACUACACCUACCCCAGCCAAGGUUCAUGUUUCACUACAUCAAGCGUGUACACUAACAUCCCUUCGGCAACUGCGGUCACUACAGCCACCGCAACACAUCAGGAGUUCACAAAUUACAACUCUCUUGGCCAGAGUCAGUUCUCCCAGUACUACGUUCCCCCUUCCAGUUUCCUGUCUGCUGGGCUGCCCAGUAGUGAUAGAGAUGGAGCAGGUGUGGUUGCUCCUGGAUAUCCAGCCAUAAAGACAGAAGGCAGUGCUUCAGCAGACCUGCCUAACACAACAGAUGAGUCCCCAGGUGUGACGCUCCCAACAGGUGUGGCUCUGCCCGCUGGGAUGGCCCUCCCAACAGGAGCACGAGACCAGGAUGAGUCCAGUCGCAAAAACCCUGCCAGCAAAGCUAAAGGGAAAGCCAAAAAGUCUGACAGCUCCCAGUCCACAGACAAUGACCUUGAGCGUGUCUUCUUGUGGGAUCUUGAUGAAACCAUCAUCAUUUUCCACUCUCUUCUUACUGGAUCCUUUGCUCAAAAGUUUGGCCAGGACCCAGCGACGGUUCUUAAUCUGGGCCUGCAGAUGGAGGAGUUGAUCUUUGAGCUUGCAGACACUCAUCUCUUCUUUAAUGAUCUGGAGGAAUGUGAUCAAGUCCAUGUCGAUGACGUUGCCUCGGACGACAAUGGGCAAGAUUUGAGCAACUACAACUUCUCCAGCGAUGGCUUCAGUGGGCCCAGUGCAGGCGGGGGUCCGGGUACCACCGCGGCAGUACAGGGAGGUGUCGAGUGGAUGCGUAAGCUGGCCUUCAGAUAUCGCCGUCUCAAAGAGAUCUACAACGGAUUCAAGGGAAAUGUGGGAGGUCUGCUGAGCCCUAUGAAGAGAGAUCUACUGCACCGACUGCGCUCGGAGAUUGAGAACGUCACCGAUGCCUGGCUGAGCACUGCCCUUAAAUCUCUCCUGCUUAUUCAGUCCAGGGGCAAAUGUAUGAAUGUUCUGGUUACCACCACUCAGCUGGUUCCUGCUUUAGCUAAAGUGCUGCUCUACGGCUUGGGUGAUGUCUUUCCCAUCGAGAACAUCUACAGCGCCACUAAAAUCGGAAAAGAGAGCUGCUUUGAACGUAUCAUCUCUCGCUUUGGGAAGAAAGUGACGUAUGUUGUUAUAGGGGACGGCCGUGAUGAAGAAUUUGCAGCAAAGCAGCACAACAUGCCGUUUUGGCGAAUAUCUUCUCACGGGGACCUCAUUUCCCUUCAUCAAGCUCUGGAACUGGAUUUCUUAUAGAUGAAACUGGAGGUGAGACAUAGAUCUGAUGAAUCGCCUCGAGCAGCAAGUCUUCAGUUGCACCCCGAUCCCCGCUGUCAAGCCCACCCAUCCUUAAAACUUCAUCCACAGCUGAACUCUGCUCAGAGACUGAACUCAACCAAACGGGUCACACGUGUGACUCUGAGAUCUCACGGACUCUCUAUUCCCUCAAUGGCAGCUAUUCUCCCGCUGGGUUGAGACUUGCACUGGGACACUACUUCAUUAACACGUCUAUAGCAGGCUCUUCAUAAAGGACUGCCGGCUUUACCAUCUUCAAAACAACUGCGUUCACCAAAGGAACAGCCUACGACCAAAGGUCUGCACUGGCAUUGAAACCUCCAAGGGAUUCUGGACUUUUAUGCUUUAGUUUCAACCUUCAGUUGUUUGCAUUCAUUUUAAAGGGCUGAAAUGAGGAGGUGUUAUGAUUUGCACUUCUAAAGUUUAAGGUUGCAGUGAUAUGCUUUAGAAACAUCAACAAGGGAUUAAGCAUUUUUUCAGUUUUUUAAACAGUGGCCUGUAUUGAAAUGGUACUUACAGGGAUUAGCAUAGAUCCUGCUUUAUUUUAUGGUUGAAAUAGAUGAACUUGCAGAUGGUGUGAAAGUUUUUCAUGGUGAACAUUUUGCUUUUUCUUUGCAAGAUAUACAGCCCAAAAAUUGGCAUUGUUUACUAUACCAGUUCAAACCUGUAUACAUUUUGUGAAAAACAAGGAGGGGCUCUUUACGCUACAUCGUACAGUAAAGUUGAAGAAAGGGACAAGUGCUGUCAUGCUUUCAAAUGCCCAGGAAGAAAUAUUUGUAGUACUCAGAAGGUUUAUGAUCAUUUUGCGAGGAACUGACUAUUAUUUGUGAUCUUUUUAAUCUAUCAGACCCAAGAACUUGCAGAUUUUUUUGUGUACCACUGAAUAAGGUUAUACAGGUUUACAACAUUGGCGACUAAAUACGUUAUUUUUAAAAAAGCAUGCAAAGGCCCAUUUGCCCAGAAGAAAUAUCUCUUGUGUGUCUGUAAUGCAAUUAUGAGCCACAUGAACUAACCAUCUUCAGUUACUCAUUUUUACCCAGAAGUAGGAGGAGGUUUGUGAAUGCGAUACCUCUGGUAAAUCCAUUGAAUUAAAGCAGUGACACCCCUGCCUGUUUUUAUUUUUUGUACAUAUUUGGGAGAAACUGUCUGAUAGUGUGCAAUACAUUUCUGGUCAGUGAUAAAUGAUUGUUUCAAUGUUGAAGGUGGUUUGAAGAGCACAGUGGGUAAUGUUCGCGUCCGCUGUGAGAUAUUGACUGAACAUUACUGAGCCUGAAGAAAAAGCAUUUUUACAUAAGCAGCUUUGACAAUUACGAAUGUGUACUCUUCAUUUGUUUGCAUAAAUAUGUGCGUCCAUUGUGUGUGUGUGUGUUUCGUUUCCUGUACAUAUUAAUAUUGUGCCUUUUUAACUAUAAUCAUUAUUCAGUAAAUGUAUUAUCUUAAAGGGAAUUACUGAAAUAUGAUGAACAUUUUUUUGUUUGCUUUCUGGUGUAGUGUUACAUUUGAGUCAUAGUUCUGUGCUAGUUUGAUGCUUUUGAUGUACAUGAGCUCUGAUGCUUUCAUUUUAAAUGUCUCUUUAGUUAUCAUUUUUUUAUCUCAAACUAUUUCCUGUUGUCAUCAUUGCACGUUUUUCUGUUGCCUUGUAACAUUUUACAAUAAGGUCUCAUUCAUUAAUGCUAGUUAAUGUGUUAGAAAUCAUUUUACAGCAUUUAUUGAUCUUAAUAUUAGUUAAUACCAAUACUUUGGUCUAUUGCAAGUCUGUUUUGCAUUAAGAAAUUAUAAAUUUUUUGAUUUUUAAAAUGCUUUUGGAUAUGUUGUAACUAAUAUUAAAAACAUAAAUGCUGUAUUAGUUAACUAAUAUUAACAAAUGGGACCUUCUUGUAAAGUGUUGCUAUGAAAUUUCUUCUGGUGCUUUUUUUCUAUACAUCCUACCCAUCAGUUUCCUGCAUUUUCUGGAAAGUUCUCUGGUCUAUGUACGCUAAUAGCCUGUGUCUUCAUUGCCGUUGGAUUUGUUAGUAAUGCACAGACAAUCAAGGGAUCUAAUGGCUCUUGUAUAAGGGAACCAUCUUACCCUAUCUAAGCAGGACAAACGUCUGCGUAUUCAUUUUAAAAAGUGGAUGAUUUCUGCAUAGCAGAUAUGUGUACCUACACUGUUCUUGGUUUUGUGUAUGUGAAGUUCAUUAAAUACUUUAAAGUCCA